UUUCAUUCUUUUUUAUUUCAGUUAUUAUCAUUUAUAUUUUAGCCAUUUAUGCACAUAAAUAAUACUCAUUACAACUGAUUCGUUUUGAAUAUACAAAAUGUCUGAUGCUAAAAAAAAAAGUUUCAAAGCAAUUUUAGUUGGUGCAACAGGUGUCACAGGAAAGUAUUUGUUGGCAGAGUUACUAAAAGUUAAGGAGUUUACUCAUAUAGUGACAUUGGGAAGAAGAAAGACUGAAAUUCCAUAUGAUGUAAAAGGAAUUAGUUUAGAAGAUGAAGAAAAUUCAGGACGUCUUCAACAGGUUGUUAUUGACAUGGAAAAUCUGAACAGUGAAUCUGUUAAAAAGUACUUCGUGGGACAAGAUGUAUUCUUUACAUGCCUUGGAACAACUCGAAAGGAUGCUGGUUCUGCUGAGAACUUUAAACGCAUAGACUAUGGAUAUAAUUACAGUUUAGCUCAAAUUGCAAAAGAGAGUGGUGUGCGCCUUUACUCUCAAAUGUCAACAUCAGGUGCAAAUAAAGACAGUUUUUGGCUUUAUCUUAACUCCAAAGGAAAGUUAGAAUGGGAUUGUGGAUUGUUGAACUUUCCACAAUACUCAAUCUUCAGACCAUCAUUCUUAGAUCGUCAAGACAAAAAAAGACUUCUUGAAAAAUUUGCUGGCUUUUUUGUUACCCCAAUAUCAUGCCAAAUAGUUGCUCAAGCCAUGGUUGUUGAUGCCCUCAUGAAGUUGCAUUCACAGUUACCUGAGUCACCUGAACAAACUAUUUAUGAGAAUUCACAAAUCUAUAAAAUGAGUUUGGCUUUUUUGUCCAAGUUCUAUGCAUGAUAUUAUUAAAAACUACUUGCUCUAUAAAUUUGAUCUCAAGCACCAGUUUUUCCCACAUGUUUCAGUUGAAAAUCUUCCAACACUGAAUGCACAGUUUUUUGAAUCUUUAAUUAAUUUUCAAAUAACAACUUUUUUCAGAAAUUUGUGUUCUCUCAAUAUGUAUAGAGUUUAUAUAAAUAAUUCAAAAUAAUAAA